AUGGGAGGAGAAAGAGAGGAAGUGAAACUAUUGGGAGUAUGGUACAGUCCUUACGCCAUAAGACCAAAGAUCGCUCUUAGUCUCAAAUCUGUUUAUUUCGAUUACUUUGAAGAAGAUCUAUUCGGAUCCAAGAGUGAGCUUCUUCUCAAAUCGAACCCGGUUCACAAGAAAGUCCCUGUUCUCAUCCACAACAACAAACCGAUUCUCGAGUCUCUCAACAUCGUUGAGUACAUCGAUGAGACAUGGAAUUCAUCUGGACCGUCCAUUCUUCCUUCUCAUCCUUAUGAUCGCUCUCAAGCUCGCUUCUGGUCUGCAUAUGUUGAUGAUAAGUGGUUUCCGGCCUUGAGAGCGGCGGCGAUCACAAAAUCAGAAGACGCGAAAGCUAAAAGAAUGGAAGAAGUGGAAGAAGGGUUAUUGCGACUUGAGGAAGCUUUUGUUACCAUAAGCAAAGGCAAACCAUUUUUUGGCGGUGAAGCGAUAGGGUUCAUGGACAUUUGUCUUGGAAGCUAUUUGGUUCUCUUGAAAGCUAGAGAGAAACUCAAAGGAGAAAAGCUUUUAGACGAAUCCAAAACUCCCUCUCUUUGUAAAUGGGCAGAAGAGUUCUUGUACGAUGAUACCGUGAAGAAUGUGGUACCGGAGAUCGAUAAAGUCGCUGAGUUUCUAGAAAAGCUUGAAGCUAUGACUCAACCCGCGGUUUCGAAAUCUUGA